AAAUCAACGGAAAACACUCGGGAGCCAGUGGCAGACAAUAAUUGUCUUUUGACAACAAUGUGACAGUUGACGGCUGUCAAUUGUCCUGGAUAAUUGAUAAAUCAGUGUAAAAAAUGUGGAACUGGAGAUAUGCAGUGAUUGUCCUGGGAAUUCUGGUGGAAUCGUGUGUUGGAUCUCGAAGAAUCUUGUUUUCGGAGCUGAAUCCGGGUUGUGGUGCCAAAUGCACGGAAUUAAAUGUUACGACCUUUUAUUUGAGAGCUCAGGGGCCCAACGAUACUCUCCACUAUCUAUGGGACUUUGUCCAAAGGCCUGGGAUACUUUUGGCUGUCACUGCCAAUUCUGUCAAGUUAAAUAUCAGUUGGGACGACUAUUUAAUUAAUCAGCCGAAGUCUAUAAGUUUUACUCAGGAGCCUGUCUACACGUUUGGGGUUUCUAUUGAAAAGGUGCUCGAAUUCGAUGAUGCGAAUGAUAACGGUCACGUGGACACUGUUCCUGAUGAGAAGGUCAAUAUCCUGAGGCCAGAGAAUUUUGUCUGGUCUCGUAAGAGCGAGCAGGGUAACGAGAAUUUCGUGGAGCUCCAUAUGAACGGAGAAAAUUACUACGACCCAAUGAAAAAUAUUUCGAGACGUGGAAACAUUCGAGUGGUGCUGAACGGAUUCUGCAGUCUGGAGCACUCGGAUGUGAUGCCCCACAUGUUGCACUCUGAAAAUUCAACCCAAGUAGAUUUUAUAAUAGAAAAUUUAGAGCCUAACAAGACAUUCACGAGGAGUAGAUUUGGAAUGGAGCUGCUGAUCGUGAGCCAAGAGAGUCCCCAGGUCCCAAUGUCUAUUGAUUUCAAGAAAAGUUUGGACGAUGAACACACCCCAGGAAUUUUCGAGGUUGUUGAAUUAAGGACCCCCUGGAAAUUGAUAAAUAAAGGAAUUGAAGAGGCAGAGGCGUAUUUGCAGUGGCGACCAGUGUCCUACACAACGUCAGACCGUGACGUUACGAGCUCCACCGACGUAAUCCAUUAUCAGCUGAGAAAUUGCUCAAAUAUUGAUAAAAAAUCAAUACUGUAUGCAUAUUACGGUGGCCACAGGGCUGACCUACUGAUGGAGAAGAUAAACAUAACGAUUGGAUCGUCUGGGGAUGGUUUUUACACUAAAACCAAUUAUUCAACCUGGACUUUUAUCGUCGGGUAUGGAACACCACCUGAUGAACAGUUCUCAUAUUUGGUGAUAAUGAUACUGUCGAUAGGGGUGGGUCUACCUGUCCUCAUAAUGUCGGUUGCUGCCUUUUAUGCUUGUGUCAGGAGACUCAGGACGUCGUAGGAGUAAAUGCCGUAUUUUUCUCAGGUGGAGAAAAAUCUCAAAACAAUCGUUCAAACCAAUCCGUGAAAGACAUGACGAAUUUUUUUUAAUAUAAACUAUUGAUAAAUUAUUUUCUACUGAUUAGUUCGCUCAAUGUCUGAUCGCAUUUAUCAAUUGUCUAGUUAGUAAUAUUGAGAGAUGCUUUCAUUCGCGGGCUAGAUCUAUGGAAAAAUAUUUGUACAGGUGGAAAAAUUGUGUAAUUUCAAAGUGAAUUUGUUAUCGUAAUAUAUGUGUUGGACAUGAGAAUUACAUGUGAUUUUUUGUA